GAGACUCCAAACCAGCUCUUGACAAUGGGCAACUGGGUGGUUAACCAUUGGUUCUCAGUUUUGUUUCUGGCUACUUGGUUGGGGCUGAAUAUUUUCCUCUUUGUGCAUGCCUUCCAGUCAUAUGAGAAAGCUGAUAAGUACUACUAUACAAGAGAAAUCUUGGGGUCGGCAUUGGCCUGGGCCCGAGCCUCUGCUCGCUGCCUGAAUUUUAACAGCAUGUUGAUCCUGCUUCCUGUGUGUCGAAAUCUGCUGUCUUUCCUGAGGGGCACCUGCUCAUUUUGCAGUCAUACCCUGAGAAAGCAAUUGGGUCACAGCCUCACCUUCCACAAGCUGGUAGCAUAUAUGAUCUGCCUACUCACAGCCAUUCACAUCAUUGCACACCUGUUCAACUUUGAACACUACAGCAGAAGCCGACAGGCCAGAGAUGGGUCCCUUGCCUUUGUUCUCUCCACCCUAUCUCAUAAAGAGAAAGGGGAAGAUUCUUGGCUAAAUCCUCUCCAGUCUCCAAACAUGACAGUGGAGUAUGUGACAUUAACCAGCAUUGCUGGUCUCACUGGCCUGAUCAUCACAGUAGCUCUGGUUCUCAUGGUGACAUCAGCUAUGGAGUUUAUCCGGAGGAGUUAUUUUGAGGUCUUCUGGUACACACACCAUAUUUUUAUCAUCUAUAUAAUUGGUUUAGGGAUUCACGGCAUUGGUGGACUUGUCCGGGGUCAAACAGAAGAGAGCCUGAAUGAGAGUCAUCCUCACAGGUGUGCAGAAUCUUUCAAGCACUGGAAUGAUCAGGAGUCCCACUGUAAGCAUCCCCAAUUUGAAGGGCUCCCUGCUGAGUCUUGGAAGUGGAUCCUUGCACCAGGAGUUCUUUAUAUCUUUGAAAGGAUUCUUCGAUUUUACCGCUCACAGCAGAAGGUUGUGAUUACCAAGGUUGUCAUGCACCCAUCCAAAGUCCUGGAAUUGCAGAUGAACAAGCAUGGCUUCAGUAUGGAAGUGGGACAGUAUAUUUUUGUUAAUUGUCCCUCCAUCUCUUACUUGGAGUGGCAUCCCUUUACUCUGACCUCUGCUCCAGAGGAAGACUUCUUCUCCAUUCAUAUCAGAGCAGCAGGCGACUGGACAGAAAAUCUCAUCAGGGCUUUUGAGCAGCAGCCAUCACCAAUUCCCAGGAUUGAAGUGGAUGGUCCCUUUGGCACUGUCAGUGAAGAUGUCUUCCAGUAUGAAGUGGCUGUGUUGGUCGGCGCAGGAAUUGGGGUCACCCCCUUUGCUUCCAUCUUAAAAUCUAUCUGGUACAAAUUUCGGCAUGCAGAUCACAACCUUAAAACACAAAUGAUCUAUUUCUACUGGAUCUGCAGGGAGACAGGUGCCUUUGCCUGGUUCAAUAACCUGUUGGCGUCUCUGGAGCGUGAGAUGGAGGAAUUAGGCAAAGUGAAUUUUCUAAACUACCGUCUCUUCCUUACCGGAUGGGACAGCAACAUUGCCGGUCAUGCCGCAUUAAACUUUGACAAGGCCACUGACAUCCUGACAGGUCUGAAACAGAAAACCUCUUUUGGGAGACCCAUGUGGGACAAUGAGUUUUCUACAAUAGCUAAUGCCCACCCCAGGUCUGUGGUGGGAGUCUUCCUGUGUGGUCCUCAGACUCUGGCAAAGAGUCUGAGCAAACGCUGUCACCAAUACUCCAGCCUGGAUCCCAGGAAGGUUCAAUUCUACUUCAACAAAGAAAACUUCUGA